AUGUUUAAGAGAAAAAAUGUAAAUGUAAGAGUGAGUGAUGACGAGGACUCUGAUUAUAAGGCCAAGGAUCAAGAUGAUAUGGAAAACGAGGCUGAGUCAGACAAACAAGAAAGUGACGAACCAAAACAAAAAAAAAAAACUUCGAAAGCUAAAAAAGCAAAGACCAAAAAACAUGAAGACGAGGACAGUGAUGACAGUCCCGCUCCAAAGAAGUCUAAAGGUCGAAGCAAUAAAGAUGAUCGUGGAGAAAAUGAUCAGGGUGAAGCAUAUUUCAAGAAAAGACGUGUCACUGUUCGUGAAUUUAAGGAAAUGAUUUUGGUCGAUAUUCGUGAUUACUUUAAACAAAACGGAGAAUAUCUUCCAGGAAAAAAAGGCAUAAGUUUGCAAGUUGAUCAAUGGAAUAAGCUUAAGGAAUUUGUUGAUGACAUCGACGCCGAGAUCAAAAAGUUAAAAGAAUGA